AUGGCCCGGAUCCUAUUGAUUUUCUUCCCAGCGAUCUUUUUGGAGAUAUCCAUUCUCCCCAGGAACCCUGAUAGGAAAACGUGGCUGGUGGGAGCCUCAUCUCAGCGCUCUGUGGCCAGAAUGGAUGGGGAUGUCAUCAUCGGAGCUCUCUUCUCAGUCCACCACCAGCCUCCAGCAGAGAAGGUGCCUGAAAGGAAAUGUGGGGAGAUCAGGGAGCAGUAUGGCAUUCAGAGAGUGGAGGCCAUGUUCCACACAUUGGACAAGAUUAACGCCGACCCCAUCCUCCUGCCCAACAUCACCCUGGGCAGUGAGAUCCGGGAUUCCUGCUGGCACUCAUCCGUGGCUCUGGAACAGAGCAUUGAGUUCAUCAGGGACUCUCUGAUUUCCAUUCGAGAUGAGAAGGAUGGGCUCAACCGGUGUCUGCCUGACGGCCAGCCCCUCCCGCCAGGCAGGACUAAGAAGCCCAUUGCAGGUGUGAUCGGUCCGGGCUCCAGCUCUGUAGCCAUUCAAGUCCAGAACCUGCUCCAGCUGUUCGACAUCCCUCAGAUCGCCUAUUCUGCCACAAGCAUCGACCUGAGUGACAAAACUUUAUACAAAUACUUUCUGAGGGUUGUCCCUUCUGACACUCUGCAGGCAAGGGCAAUGCUAGACAUAGUCAAGCGUUACAAUUGGACCUAUGUCUCUGCAGUCCACACAGAAGGUAGGCAUUAUGGAAGGAAGGGAAUGGAGACUUACAAGGACAUGAAUUUAGAGGAAAGAUUUUGUUUGGCUUAUACAUAUAAAAUUUAUGCAGGGGCUGGGGUUCAAUCCCUGAAUAAACUUCUUAAUAAGAUGAGAUCCCAUCUUAGGAAAUCAAGGUUCACUAGUUGCAGAUGUUCUGCGUCUACAGUCAAUGGGGUCAUUCUAUUUGUGAGACGUUUGUCUUUCUCUCUCCCUACCCCAAUCUCUAUAUUUUGUAGUGAUGGAUGGGCAGACAGAGAUGAAGUCAUCGAAGGCUAUGAAGUAGAAGCGAAUGGGGGCAUCACGAUAAAGCUGCAGUCUCCAGAGGUCAGAUCGUUUGAUGAUUAUUUCCUGAAGUUAAGGCUGGAUACAAACACGAGGAAUCCCUGGUUCCCUGAGUUCUGGCAACACCGAUUCCAGUGCCGUCUACCAGGACACCUUCUGGAGAACCCCAACUUUAAAAGAAUCUGCACAGGCAAUGAAAGCUUAGAAGAAAACUACGUCCAGGACAGUAAGAUGGGCUUUGUUAUUAAUGCCAUCUACGCAAUGGCACACGGGCUGCAGAAUAUGCACCAUGCCCUCUGCCCUGGCCACGUGGGCCUCUGUGACGCCAUGCAGCCCAUCGACGGCCGCAAGCUCCUGGACUUCCUCAUCAAGUCCUCCUUCAUUGGAGUGUCUGGAGAGGAGGUGUGGUUUGAUGAGAAAGGGGACGCACCUGGAAGGUAUGAUAUCAUGAAUUUGCAGUACACAGAGGCGAAUCGCUAUGACUAUGUGCACGUCGGAACCUGGCACGAAGGUGUGCUGAACAUCGACGAUUACAAAAUACAGAUGAACAAAAGUGGAGUAGUGCGCUCCGUGUGCAGCGAGCCUUGCUUGAAAGGGCAGAUAAAGGUCAUUCGGAAAGGAGAAGUGAGCUGCUGCUGGAUUUGCACAGCCUGCAAAGAGAACGAGUACGUGCAGGACGAGUUCACCUGCAAAGCCUGCGACCUGGGGUGGUGGCCCAACGCGGACCUAACAGGCUGUGAACCUAUCCCAGUGCGCUAUCUUGAAUGGAGCAACAUAGAAUCUAUUAUCGCGAUCGCCUUUUCUUGCCUGGGAAUUCUUGUUACACUGUUUGUCACACUUAUCUUUGUGCUGUACCGGGAUACACCUGUGGUGAAAUCCUCAAGUCGAGAACUCUGCUACAUCAUCCUAGCUGGCAUCUUCCUCGGGUAUGUGUGUCCUUUCACUCUCAUCGCCAAACCUACCACCACGUCCUGCUACCUCCAGCGGCUGCUAGUCGGCCUCUCUUCUGCCAUGUGCUACUCUGCAUUAGUCACCAAGACCAAUCGUAUUGCACGCAUCCUGGCAGGAAGCAAGAAGAAAAUCUGCACCCGGAAGCCCCGGUUCAUGAGCGCCUGGGCCCAGGUGAUUAUUGCCUCUAUUCUGAUUAGUGUGCAGCUGACCCUGGUGGUGACGUUGAUCAUCAUGGAGCCCCCCAUGCCCAUCCUGUCCUACCCCAGUAUCAAGGAAGUCUAUCUUAUCUGCAACACCAGCAACUUGGGCGUGGUGGCCCCUGUGGGCUACAAUGGACUCCUCAUCAUGAGCUGUACCUACUAUGCCUUCAAGACCCGCAAUGUGCCCGCCAAUUUCAAUGAGGCCAAGUACAUUGCCUUCACCAUGUACACCACCUGCAUCAUCUGGCUGGCUUUUGUGCCCAUUUACUUUGGGAGCAACUACAAGAUCAUCACCACCUGCUUUGCAGUGAGCCUAAGUGUCACAGUGGCCCUGGGAUGCAUGUUCACUCCCAAGAUGUACAUCAUCAUUGCCAAGCCCGAGAGGAACGUCCGCAGUGCCUUCACCACCUCUGACGUAGUCCGCAUGCACGUGGGCGAUGGCAAGCUGCCCUGCCGCUCCAACACUUUCCUCAACAUUUUCCGAAGAAAGAAGCCUGGAGCAGGGAAUGCCAAUUCUAAUGGCAAGUCUGUGUCAUGGUCUGAACCAGGUGGAAGACAGGUGCCCAAGGGACAGCACACGUGGCACCGCCUCUCUGUGCACGUGAAGACCAAUGAGACGGCCUGCAACCAAACGGCCGUCAUCAAGCCCCUCACUAAAAGUUACCAGGGCUCCGCGCCCUCCGCGUCCCGCCUGAGCGCGGAGGAGACGCCCCUCUUUCUGGCAGACCCCGGAGUCCCUAAGGGCUUGCCCCCUCCUCUACAGCAGUCUCCCCAGCAGCCACCGCCCCAGCCGCAGUCGCUGAUGGACCAGCUCCAGGGAGUGGUAGGCAACUUCAGCGCGGGGAUCCCAGACUUGCACGCGGGGCUGGGCGCGCCUGGGGCGCAGGGAAACGGGCUGCGUCCCCUGUUCCCGCCCCCUCCUGUGCCACAGCACCUGCAGAUGCUGCCGCUGCAGCUGAGCCCCUUCGGGGAGGACCCCGGCUCCCCGCUCGGCGAGGACGACGAUGACAGCGACAGGUUCAAGCUGCUGCAGGAGUACGUGUACGAGCACGAGCGUGAAGGCAACACGGAGGAGGACGAGCUGGAGGAGGAGGAAGAGGAGGACCCGCAGGCGGCCCGCAAGCUGACCCCCGAGGCCUCCCCGGCCCUCACGCCCCCAUCGCCUUUCCGAGACUCGGUGGCCUCUGGCAGCUCGGUGCCCAGCUCGCCCGUGUCGGAGUCCGUGCUCUGCACCCCGCCCAACGUGACCUACGCCUCUGUCAUCCUGAGGGACUACAAGCAGAGCUCGUCCACCUUGUAG